AGUUUGCUAGCCUCAAUUAUUUUCUUUCAAAGAAUAAUACACAAGAACAUAUACAUGUGAUUCGUGCAUGUUUCGUAAGCACGUGAGUCGGCGUGAUUUAGUGAAUCCCCUCCAAUUCCGAAGACCGUUUGGUUACGACGAGCGUUAUCUAUUGUAAAAGUAAAAAUAGAUAAACAGUCAUCUGUAGAUAGAGCUGCAUAGUAAUCAUCAGCGUCGUCGCGACUACGUCGUGUGGCGAGCACGACGCGUGCGAAGAAGUCGAAAACAGAUAAGUCACGGCGCGCACAACUCGGCGUACACGCCUCUCGCAGGCAGGAAGCUUUUUCGUUAUCAGUCGCUGUUGCCGCCGUCGUCGCGCGCACAACUCUCACUAACAGUGGAAAGCCGGGAGCGGUACGUGCCGGCUCUCGCUUUCGCUCGCGCGAGUCCCUCUCUGUCGUUCCAAAGCGUGCCUCGUGGCGCGUCGUGUAACGUAUCAUAAACACGCGUGUCUGUGGCUCUACGCGCGUCAUACGACAACAUGACGGCCGAAAAUGAGCACGGUGACCUUCGGAUGCGAUCGCGCAGAACGAAAAGUGUUACGAGGGCGGAGGAAAUCCGGAAGGCGGAACAGAUGGUCCGCAGAUCGCAGCCAGAUAAACCAUGUCAUCGUCCAAGAGAUAGUCUUUUUUCCUGGAGCUCCGGCUUCGACAACUUCACGGGAUUCGUCAACUGGGGCUUCCUUCUGUUGGGGAUCGGUGGUAUCCGGUUACUACUGGAAAAUUUCAUAAAAUAUGGAAUCAGAGUGGAUCCCUGGCAGUGGUUUCUCUUUCUCAGCGGCAAGAAUGAUGGCGGAGAAGAAUACCCUUCGUUGUUGCUGAUUUGCUAUUCUACCGUGCCGGUAGCCCUUUGUCUGCUGAUCGAGAAAGGACUGUCUGUGGAUAUCAUAGCUCAUGGCUCGGGUAUGGUGUUCCACGUCAUAAACCUCGUCGUGAUGGUGCUGAUGCCGAUGGUGGUCAUCCACGUGAAGGAUUCCGGAUUCAGUCUGGUUGGUGCCAUGUACGUGUGCAUGCUGUAUGCUAUACUCUUCCUCAAGUUAUGGUCGUACAUACAAGUGAACAUGUGGUGCCGCUUGAGCACCCGAAAGAAAACUACGCCAGGCAGAAUGAGACGUCAGCUGUCUUAUAAUAAUCUCCAAUCUUCCAACGUUAAAUAUAACGCAAGUGAUACUACCGACGGACUUGAGCGCAAGAUAAACGGCGAAAGUGCAUUGGUCCAAUAUCCUGACAAUCUGAACUUCUUCGAUCUUUAUUAUUACAUAUUGGCGCCCACUUUGUGCUACGAGCUGAAUUUUCCCAGGACGCAGAGAAUCCGGAAAAGGUUCCUCAUAAAACGGAUAUUGGAAGUCCUCGUAGGAUGCCAAGUGGUGUUGUCGCUUUUUCAACAAUGGAUGAUACCAUCCGUGAAAAAUUCAUUAAUUCCCUUCAGUAAUAUGGACGUAGCCAAGGCCUCCGAGCGUCUUCUCAAGCUAGCGAUACCGAAUCAUCUGGUGUGGCUUUGUUUCUUCUACUUGAUAUUUCACUCCUUCCUCAAUUUAAUGGGGGAGCUGCUGCAUUUCGCGGACAGGAAUUUCUACUGCGACUGGUGGAACGCCAACAACAUCGAUACAUUUUGGAGAACUUGGAACAUGCCGGUACAUCGUUGGGCUGUGCGACACCUAUAUAUUCCAAUUGUGGAGAUGGGAUAUGGCAAAACCACCGCAUCCGUGACCGUCUUCUUCAUCAGCGCCUUCUUCCACGAGUAUCUCGUUAGCGUGCCGUUAAAAACGUUCAAGAUAUGGGCGUUUAUGGGCAUGAUGGGACAGAUACCACUGUCGGUGUUGAGCAAGAUGGCGGAGCGAUACUGCGGCGCCAGAUGGGGCAACAUCGUCGUAUGGGCGAGUCUCAUCAUCGGGCAACCACUUUGUAUAAUGAUGUAUUACCACGAUUACGUUGUAACUCAUUUUGGCGAGACUCUGAUCGAGGACUAUUCCGUGGUGUAAGGGAGGUAAAAGGAUGAAAACGCACAAUUGAAGGAGGAGCUCCUCGAAGAGAGACCCCGCAAUCGAUCUACCGCUUCCUUUCGAUAGCGUCGUUUCAUUGAUCGUGAAUCCAUGCUGCUUCCCGCUUCGAGCGCGAAGAAAUUCUUCGCAUCGUCGCUUCGUCGUUUAAUUGCGAGGAUUUACACGUCCGCCGACAAGUUUUGAUAAUAUAAAAGUGCCUUGAAUGUAACUUCACAUUGGAUGAGUGGUGCUCUCUUCGCGAGGAAGUGUUGAAACUAAGAAUAUUUUGGACUGGUACUGUUUUUUCAGGUUUACUAUUACGUACAUUUCAUAAAUAGUGCAUAAUGUUUCGAUGAAGCUGUAAAUAUAUAUUGUCAGUCAGCGCUGAUGUCGAAGCUGAACAGGAACUUGAACAUUUUUGUACGAUACUGUUACAGUUAUAUUUCCGCGCCGACAGAAGCAAAACUUUUGUUGAAUAAACGAGAUAUUUUGUACGAG